AUGAAGAAUUCACCAGUGAACAACAAUAUGUCCGUCCAGAAAGAGGAUAUACCAGAGGAACAACAUCCUCAACAACAACAGAAACAGCCACAACAACCACAGCAGCAAGACCAGAGAGUCUUCUUUCAGCUAACCGGUCACAAGGAAUGCUUUAAGACCGGCACAAGAGCGAACACUAUAUUGAAAAAGGCGACAGGCAAUGAAGAGAGCUGCCUGCGGGAGCUCAUGGACGAUAGUCUAUCAAAGUUUGUGCCCAGAUUAAUCGGAACGGUGGACGUCAACGGCCAACGAUACCUUGAGAUGGAGGAUUUGCUGUUCAAUUUUGAGAAUGCGUCCGUGAUGGAUGUCAAAAUGGGAUCCAGGACGUACAGGGAGGAGGAGUUGAAUAUUGCGGCCAGGGAGGAGAAGCUGCGCCGCGACAUGUACGAGAAGAUGAUUGAAAUUGACAAAAGCGAGCCCACCGACCAGGAGAGGCAAUUGAAAGCAAUCACGAAGCCCAGAUAUAUGGUCUGGCGCGAGACCAUAAGCUCCACUUCAAGUUUGGGCUUUCGAAUCGAGGGGAUGCGCUUCGAGGAUGGCUCCAUCGAUAAGGGAUUCAAGACCAUGAAAAAUGAGCAACAAAUUGAGCAGGCGAUAGCGCGCUACGCUCGCUUGGAUCGGAUAAAAUUGAAGUAUCUCAAACGAUUACAUGAUCUCAGGGAGGCAUUGAUGAAAUCAAAAUUCUUCUCCACUCAUGAAGUCAUUGGAAGCUCGUUGCUGUUCAUUCACAACGACACUGACGCUAAUAUCUGGCUGAUUGAUUUCGCUAAAACCGACACAUUGCCAGCCAAUACCAUGGUAACUCACCGCAAGAAAUGGGAACUCGGCAACCACGAGGACGGUUACUUGGUUGGCAUUGAAAAUCUCAUUCGCAUUUUCGAACAAUUAAUCUCACGUACAAACGAUCUUAGAGCCACCGAGUCUGCGGCAACCCUAGAGGGUCAGCAGCAGCAGCAACAACAACAACAACAACAGCCGCCGCCGCCCAUCAGCCAGGGCCGGCGCCCAAUCAAGCCCCAGAUGUCCAGGUUGACCUGCCUGGCGUAUGGUCGCUAG